CUGGGUAUAUGACUCAUGAUGGGCGUUGAUAAGGUUUAUAUUACUUAAGUACACAGAUGUUCGUUAAUCUCUGCUGGAAAAGUUUUUUCGUACAAAAGUACACAUUUUCACACGGAAAAAUAAAUGGAUUCAUUUAAUAACGGGUCGGUGUGGUAUUCGAAAUUAGAAUCUGAAGUCUUGCUUACAGAUCUUUUUGGAAAACUAAGCAAUUUUCCGGAAAAUGAGAAAGCAAAAGUGGUCACUAGCUGGCUGGCUAAUAGUUUUGCUGACUUGACAAACUCUGGGUCUCAGCCUCAAUCUGAUACGGGGAAUUGUUUUGUGGUUCAUGUCAAGCUGGUUAACAAUUUGGUUAACAAUUCUUCAAAUGAAAUUGCUCAAGAACUAGCAGACCUGUUUUCAAAUGAUUUUCUAUACGCAUUUGUGAAGCCAAGUUUGCUGGAUCAUGGAGAUGGUCCUGCUCUGGCGACUAAAUACUUCCAACUUGUCUGUGAAAACAUUACGCAGCCAUUGUUAAUUCGCAAAGUGGUUACUCUCGUGAUAGUUUCCUUGCUGCCGACGCUCGUUACACGUCUCAAGAGCAAUGAUUCAGAGGUGCUAAGUUCUACGUUGGGACUUUUUCGGUCACUUCUUGAAUUUUACUGUGAAGAUAUUUGGCAUGAUUUGCUUCUUCAAUAUCUUCUCCCCAUGAAGCAUCUAAUUGUAUCAGAGAGGCAAAAGGCAAUUCCCGAAAUAAAUUUUCAAGACUCGACAAUUAGAUUUAUCGACAGCAUUCCAACCUCCAUUUAUGGCGCAGUGAGUCAGGAUUCUCUAUCUGAGCACUUUGUUGUGUACAUCGAACAAGAACUACAGAGGAUCCGCUCCACGGACAUUACAAUUUCAGCAACUAUUCCGCUGUCAAGGUCUCAAGUUACUGGUAUCCCUUUACUUGAUGUUUUUGAUGUCAAGGAGGAUGUAAGUAUGAACCAAAGUAAUCGCGGUGUAGCAGAAGACAAUAAUUCUAGAAACGUUAUGUUUCCGAUGUGGGUUUUCAAGUACGAUGGAACCGACGUAACUCACGUGUCAAGGAAAUACAAGUUAUCUGAACCCGAAGAGUAUUUUGAAGACGAUUUUUUUCAAUUUUUCAACAAAGACAAUUUGUCGAAUAUUGACGAAGAAAGCCGUCCUUUAUCUUCAAUGCGGUUGCCAGAAGAUCCUGGAGAAGCAAUCCGGGUGUACGCCGAACCAGUGACUUUGCUGCAUAUCAGACCACCCAAUCCAGACCCUGCCAGCACUAGUUUUCAGUCCUGGAAGCCAGUCAGCGAAGAUCAAGGUUAUCUUGGACCAUUUCUUGAGUCAUUGUUUCACAUACUGGAUAAAUGGACCCGUCUGGAACCGGAGGUUCUCCUCGCAAUAUCCGAUAUAUUUUCGGUUCUUGCUUCAAGUCGAAUUCCUCUGAUAAGUUCCAUCCUGCUAGACUUUUCAGUCGUGUUGCAACCAUGCUUCCCAAGUUUUCAUAGUGUCAUCCAUUCCAUUAAAAUAAGGCUGGAUGGCUCCUUGAAAAAAUAUCCUGAUACGUUUAUCCAAAAAGAGUGGAAAAGAGCAACGAAUGGUGCAAACAACAUGCUCAAAGAUGCCGGAAGCGAAGAUUUAUUUCACAAUCCUGCAGAUUCAUUUACAGAAACUUUGCGGUUAAAAAUCUUGAAGAGCAGCCUAUUUACCAAUAGGUCUUCGACUACAAAUAAGUUGGCAAAAUUAUUUAGCCCAACUCCUGAAAAUAGAAUUUUACAGAAUUCUGGAUCUUUGUUCGGUAAUGAAGAAGAAGAAUUAAUUGCAAGAAAAUCAACGCUUCGCUGCAUUAUUUUCGCUCACUGGAUGCUGGAGUUGUCUGCUAUUGCUCAACAGUCAUGCUGGUUUCAAUCUCGACAAAAUCAACGGCAAAGGGAAGAUGAUGACCAAUUUUGAGACACAUUUUUUCAGCGACAUAAUUACUGCAAAAAAAUACGGCAAGUUAUGCAGUGAGAAAUUUGCACUUUCCAAUAGACUUAGUUCCCCCUCAUUGUUUUCAGUGGAUUGAUUAUCUUUGUAGCGUGUGACAUGUUCAAAGUAGUAUGAGAACGGAUUCUUUUUCAAUAAAGAGUGUUUCCUGAAAGGA